AUGGCCAGCACACUUCCAGGCGAAAACGCUUCCCGGCUCCGGGGAGCAGCCGUCGGGCAGGCACGUGCUGCCCUCCUCGCGCGGCGCCUCGUGCCCGCCCGGCGCCUGGAUCCUGGAGCCGCGCUGCUCCCCCGGCCCGGCGCCUCCGGGCCGCUCCCGACGCGCGGGGCUCGGGGGCUCCUCCCGGGCCGCGCUCCGAGCCCUCGCUGCCCACCGGCCCCGCUCGCUCCUCCGCGGGCCGGCGGCGGGGCGGGGAGUGUGUGCGGGGGGGCAGGGGUGUGUCCUGCUCUCCUGCUCCCUGCCCGGGGCACCGGGGUCUCCUCUCCUCUCCCGGCGGCUGCGGCUCACUCGGCUGGCCGUCCCGCGGCGGGACGGGUAGGCUGCCCGGGAGCCAUGGCUCGGGAAAGUUUGCCGCUGCUCCUGCUGCUGGUGGCGCUCGGCAGCCGGGGCCAGUCGCCGUCGCCGCCGCCGCCGCCGCAAAGAGGACUAUUUCCUGCAGUGCUAAACCUGGCUAGUAAUGCUCUCAUCACAACCAAUGCUACCUGUGGAGAAAAGGGGCGGGAAAUGUACUGCAAACUCGUUGAGCAUGUACCUGGACAGCCUGCAAGGAACCCUCAGUGCCGCAUUUGUGAUCAAAGGAGCCGAGUUCCACAUCAACGACACCCGAUAGCAAAUGCAAUUGAUGGCAAGAACACUUGGUGGCAAAGCCCUAGUAUCCAGAAUGGAAUUGAGUAUCAUUAUGUGACCAUUACAUUGGACCUCCAACAGAUUUUCCAGAUCGCGUAUGUUAUUGUGAAAGCAGCUAACUCCCCUCGUCCUGGGAACUGGAUAUUGGAGCGCUCACUGGAUGGUGUGGACUAUCAGCCGUGGCAGUACUAUGCCAUCACAGAUAGCGAGUGCCUGACACGCUACAACAUUCAUCCCCGGCCUGGAACCCCGUCCUACAUAAAAGAUGAUGAAGUCAUAUGCACUUCUUAUUAUUCCAAAAUCCACCCUCUGGAAAAUGGAGAGAUUCACACUUCUCUAAUUAAUGGACGACCUAGUGCUGAUGAUCCAUCACGUGAAUUACUGGAGUUCACCUCUGCUCGCUUUAUUCGCCUGAGAUUCCAGAGGAUACGGACACUAAAUGCUGAUUUAAUGAUGUUUGCACACAAAGAUCCAGCUGAAAUUGAUCCCAUUGUUACAAGGAGGUAUUACUAUUCUAUAAAAGACAUCUCCGUUGGAGGCAUGUGUAUAUGUUCAGGCCAUGCAAAGGCUUGUCCACUGGAUCCAGUGACCAAUAAAUCCGUCUGUCAGUGUGAACACAACACAUGCGGAGAGACAUGUGAUCAGUGUUGUCCUGGUUUCCAUCAAACGCCUUGGCAUGCUGGCACUCUCCUGCAUAAGCAUGAAUGUGAACCAUGCAACUGUCACGGGAAGACUGAGGAGUGUUACUAUGAUCAGGAUGUGGCAGAUAGAAAUCAGAGUUUGAACAUCCACGGGGAGUACCUCGGGGGCGGAGUGUGUGUGAAUUGCUCAGGCUACACCAGUGGCAUCAACUGCGAGACCUGCCUGGAUGGCUACUUCAGGCCAAAAGGGGUAUUGCCAGAAAACCCAGAUCCAUGCCGACCAUGUUCCUGCGAUCCAAAUGGGUCUUUAAAUGAUACCUGUGUCAAGGAUGAGAAACACACAGAAGGAGAUUUGUUGCCUGGUUUCUGUCACUGCAAGACCGGCUAUGCAGGAGAAAGCUGCAAUCGAUGUGCCUUGGGUUAUAUAGGAUAUCCCGAAUGCCUGCCCUGCAACUGCUCCCUUGAGGGCAGUGAAAAUGAUGACCCCUGCAUAGGUCCCUGCAUCUGCAAGGAACAUGUUGAAGGAGAAAACUGUGACCGUUGUAAAGCAGGUUUCUUCAAUCUUCAGCAAAAUAAUCCUGAAGGCUGUGAGGAAUGUUUCUGCUCUGGGAAAACAAACAUCUGCAGACACUCUCCCUUUACCUACAGAAAUAUAGAAGACAUGAAUGGUUGGUAUCUGACUGAUUUACCAGGUCACAUCAGAGUUAUCCCCACACAAAAGAGAUUUGAUGGGCAUCAGCAGCUUAGCAUCAGCAACGUGGCUGCGCAAAAAGUACUGCCACAGAUUUACUAUUGGAGCGCACCCAGUUCUUAUUUGGGCAACAAAGUAGCAGCUGCUGGAGGACAUCUGAAAUUUACAGUCUCCUAUGACAUCACAGAAAAAGAAGAGGAAGAAACAGCUAAAUUGAUGGUUCAAUCUGAUGUCAUCAUAGAGGGAGGUGACUUGAAAAUCAGCACUCCAAAAGGGAUAAUUCACCUGCAGCCUUCUGAAGAGCACACUGAAGAAAUUGUGCUGAAACCAGAAUCUUUCUCAGUUCAUGGCACUGAUGUUCCAGUCAGCAGGAGGGAGUUCAUGACUAUCCUUGCAAACGUGAAGAGGAUCCUCAUAAGAGCCACAUACAGCAAUGGGAUGAAUGCCAUCUACAGACUAAGAAGUGUUAUUAUGGAAUCUGCUGACCACACUUCAAGGGGAAGAAGGGUAGCAUCUGCAGUGGAGUUGUGUGAGUGUCCUCCAGGCUAUGAUGGAACCUCCUGUGAGUCAUGCUGGCCUCGACACAGGCGUGUGAAUGGCACAAUCUUUGAUGGAGUUUGUGCACCAUGUACGUGCUUUGGUCAUGCAGAUGUGUGUGAUGACAUCACAGGAGCAUGCCUGGACUGCAGACACAACACAGGUGGUCCAUAUUGUGAUAGAUGCCUGCCUGGCUUCUAUGGUGAUGCAACUAAAGGGACAGCUGAAGAUUGUCAGUUGUGUGCUUGCCCCCUAAAUAUACCUUCUAACAACUUUAGCCCAACGUGUCAUUUUGACCGACAUCGUGGAUUAAUGUGUGAUGAAUGCCCAGCUGGCUACAUGGGACCACGCUGUGAAAGGUGUGCAGAAGGCUAUUUUGGACAACCUCUAAUACCAGGAGGAUCAUGCCAACCAUGCCAAUGUAAUGACAACCUUGACUUCUCCGUUCCUGGCAGCUGUGACAGCUUGUCUGGUGCUUGUCUGAUAUGUAAGCCAGGUACAACAGGCCAAUAUUGUGAGAGGUGUGCUGAUGGAUAUUUUGGUGAUGCUCUUCAUGCAAGGAACUGUCAACCCUGUCACUGUCACAUGAAUGGCUCCUUCUCAGAGAUCUGUGACUCUCGGACGGGCCAGUGCAAGUGUAAAGCCAACGUUAUCGGGCGCCGCUGUGACAUCUGCAAACCUGGAACAUUCGGCUUACAGUCUUCCAGAGGAUGCGUUCCCUGCAACUGCAACUCUUUUGGUUCCAAGUCCUUCGAUUGCGAUGGAGACGGGCAGUGCUAUUGCCAGCCUGGAGUGACAGGAAAGAAGUGUGACCGCUGUGCACAUGGGUUUUACAACUUUGAAGAAGGAGGCUGUACUCCCUGUGAGUGUUCACGUUUUGGCAAUAACUGUGAUCCUGUCAGUGGACGCUGUAUCUGCCCUCCCAAUACUGUUGGAGAAAUGUGUGACAAAUGUGCGCCAAAUCACUGGGGCCAUAACAUUGUCAGUGGCUGCAAGCCCUGUGAGUGCAGCCUCAUUGGAGCACUAAGUUCUCAGUGUGACUUAAAUACAGGCUGUUGCUUCUGCCGCCCUGAAUUCUCUGGGGAAAAAUGCACUGAGUGCAGGUUAGGCUACUGGAAUUAUCCACAUUGUGUCGCUUGUCAGUGCUUUGUGGCUGGGACAGAUCCGCAGAGCUGUGAUGCAGAGGGGAAGUGCUCUUGCAUUGAUCACUCUGGCCAAUGCAGCUGCAAGGUUAAUGUGGAAGGUGUCCACUGUGACAGGUGCAAGUCUGGUACAUUUGGUCUCUCUGCCAGAAACCCACUUGGCUGCAGCAGUUGCUAUUGCUUUGGCCUGACUACACAGUGCAGCGAGGCAAGGGGGCUGAUCCGCGUGUGGGUGACCUUGAAGCCAGAGCAAAUGAUUCUGCCACUGGUGGAUGAAAAGCUUCAGCGUAGCACUCUUUCAGGGAUUGCAUUCCAGCCUCCUGAAAUAGUAGCAAAUAUAGAACAGGUGAUGCAGGAGCUUCGAUCAGAACCUGUUUACUGGAGACUUCCAGAGCAGUUUGAGGGACGAAAGCUGACCGCUUAUGGAGGGAAACUGAAAUAUGCCAUCUACUUUGAAGCACGAGAAGAGACAGGUUUUACUACUUACUCCCCACAAGUCAUCAUAAGAGGUGGACCUCCCACAAAUACAAGAAUUAUUGUCCGGCAUAUGGCUGCCCCUCUGAUUGGCCAGCUGACAAGGCAUGAGAUAGAGAUGACAGAGCAUGAAUGGGAAUAUUAUGGUGAUGACCAAAGAAACCCUGGACCCUGGGAAUAUUAUCAUGGUAACCCAGGUCUCAACAGGACAAUGUCUCAGGCAGAUUUCAUCUGGAAACAUUAUGGAGAUGACUCAAGACCAAGUAGAACUGUAUCCCGGGAAGACUUCAUGGACGUGUUGUAUGAUGUUCAUUACAUUCUUAUCAAGGCGACUCAUGGCAAUAUCAUGAGGCAGAGCAGGAUUUCUGAGAUCUCCUUGGAAGUUGCUGAAGGCGGCCGUGUGUCUGGGAUGGCUCCUCAGGCUUACUUGAUAGAGAAAUGUGACUGCCCAUUGGGUUACUCUGGUCUGUCCUGUGAGUCAUGCUCUCCAGGAUUUUAUAGGCUUCCAUCUCCACCUGUGGGAAGGACACCUGCUCAGUCCUUAGGCACCUGUGCUGUAUGUGAGUGCCAUGGACACAGCACUAUGUGUGACUCCGAAACAUCAAUUUGUCAGGAUUGUCAGCACAAUACCGCUGGUCACCACUGUGAGAGGUGUGCUCCGGGAUUUUAUGGCACUGUCCAAGGCUCUCCGGAUGACUGUCGGCCUUGUGCUUGUCCCCUAUCCAUUCCUGGUAACAAUUUUAGCCCUACUUGUAUUGCUGAAGGACCUAGUGACUACCGGUGUACUGCCUGCCCACCUGGAUAUGAAGGCCAGUACUGCCAAAGAUGUUCUUCUGGCUACACAGGAAACCCACAAAUUCCAGGAGGGUCCUGCCAGGCAUGUGAGUGUGAUCCAUAUGGUUCUGUGCCUGUCCCCUGUGACCCUGUCACUGGGCAGUGCACUUGCAAGCCUGGAUUCACGGGGUGGAAGUGUGCUGGCUGUGAGCAUCGGCAUGCGCGUCAUGGCACGAUAUGCAUUUCUUGUGAUGAUGAAUGCACAGGACUCCUUCUCAAUGAUCUGGAUCGGCUAAACCAGAUGAUCCUGAGUGUUAACCUUAGUGGUCCACUGCCUGCUCCAUAUAAAAUGUUACAUGGUUUUGAGAACACGACACAGGAAUUAAAGCAUUUGCUUUCACCUCAGAGAGCACCAGAGAGAUUUCUUCAGCUAGCACGAGAAAAUUUGGAUACCUUGGUGACAGAAAUGGAUGAACUACUGACAAGAGCUACCAAGGUGACAGCAGAUGGUGAGCAGACCAGGCAGGAUGCCGAGAGGACUAAUGACAGAGCGAAAUCUCUUGGACAGUUCAUCAAAGGCAUUCUCCAAGCUGCUGAAGCUGCAAAAGAAGAUGCUUUAAAACUGAAUGAGACACUCAGAACUCAAGACAAGACUUUGGAGAAGAGUCUUCCAGAACUGCAGAGUGAGGCUGAAGGAAUGGUCAUAGAGAUGAGAAAUAGAGACCUCAGUGUGCAAGAAAAAAUAGCUCAAGAUGAGUUAAAGAAUGCAGAAGAUCUUUUGGACAAGGUGAAGAAAUUAUUUGGCGAGCCCAGUGAGAAAAAUGAGGAUCUCAAAAAUGAGGUCCGGGACAAGCUAGCAAGCUACCACAGCAAAGUUGCUGAUGCUCAAGAUCUGCUAAAAGAAGCUGCAAGUAAAAUUUGGGAGGCCAAUCAUUUAUCUGCAAUCAACCAAAAAAAUAUGACCAUGCUGGAGAAAAGGAAGCAAGCUAUAGAAGAUGGCAGACAAGAUGUUGAAAAGACCCUUCAGGAAGGGAAUGAUGUCCUUAAUAAAGCUGAUGAACUUGCAAAUGACAUUAGCAUAGCUGUAGAGUAUGUAGAAGGUGUUGCAAAUAAGAUACAGCCAAUGUCUGAUCAGCUGAAAGAUAAAAUAGAUGACAUAUCACAAGAAAUUCGUGACAGGAUGCUUCCAGAAAAGGUGUUGCAAGCUGAGAACCAUGCGGGCCAGCUGAAUGAAUCAUCUGCAGUGCUGGAUGGAAUCCUUACUGAAGCAAAAAACCUCUCUUUCAAUGCCACACGUGCUUUCAAUGCUUAUACUAACAUCAAGGAUUACACAGAUGAAGCUGAAAGAGUUGCCAAGGAAGCCAAGGCUCUUGCAAAUGAAGCUAUGCAAGAGACAUCUGGUCCUCAAGGAUCACUGAAGGAUGGCGCCAAGGGCUCUCUUAAGAAAAGCUUCAGGGUCCUUAACGAAGCCAAGAUGUUAGAAAAUGAUGUUAAAGAAAAGGAUGAUAAUCUGGACAGCACACAGAACAAGCUGAAAGAUGCUGAUGAGAAGAAUUCCAUUCUCUUGAGAGCUUUGAAUGAAACCUUAGGAAAGCUGUCAGCUAUUCCUAAUGAUACAGCCAUAAAGAUACAGGCAGCCAAAGACAAAGCAAGACAAGCCAACGAUACUGCAAAUGACGUCCUGGCCCAGAUUAAAGACCUCAAUCGGAAUCUCCUGGGCUUGAGAAAAAACUACAGUAAACUUACAGAUGAUGUGGCCAAAACCAAUGCAGUUGUGAAGGAUCCAGUCAAGAACAUUGCUGAUGCAGAUUCCAGUAUUAAAAACCUAGAAAAGGAAGCAGAUCGCCUGCUAGAUAAAAUCAAGCCAAUCAAAGAACUCCAGGAUAACUUAGGGAAAAACAUUUCUCAGAUAAAAGAGCUGAUAAACCAAGCUCGGAAGCAAGCCAAUUCGAUCAAAGUGUCCGUGUCCUCUGGAGGCAAUUGUAUUCGCACAUACAGACCAGAAAUAAAGAAGGGAACAUACAACACCAUCAUUGUCAAUGUGAAGACUGUAGUUGCUGACAAUCUGCUUUUUUACCUUGGAAGUGCCAAGUUUACUGACUUCUUGGCCAUAGAGAUGCGCAAAGGCAAGGUGAGCUUCCUAUGGGAUGUGGGAUCUGGAGUUGGACGGGUAGAAUAUCCAGAUCUGACCAUUGAUGAUGGGUUUUGGUACCGGAUUGAAGCCUCUAGGACUGGGAAAAAUGGCACAAUAUCGGUGCGAGCUCUGGAUGGCCCUAAAGCCAGCAUCGUGCCAGCCACAUUCAGUGCAGUCUCCCCACCUGGAUAUACCAUUCUGGAUGUGGAUGUUAACGCUGUGCUGUUUGUUGGUGGUUUAACAGAAAAAAUUAAGAAGUCAGAUGCUGUAAGAGUCACCACCUUCACUGGCUGCAUGGGGGAAACCUUUCUAGACAGCAAACCAAUAGGACUCUGGAAUUUCAGGGAUAUCGAAGGUGAAUGCAAAGGGUGUGCCGUCAGCCCACAGGUGGCAGAUGGUGAAGGAACGGUGCAGUUUGAUGGUGACAGCUAUGCCAUGGUGAGCCGCCCAAUCCGCUGGAACCCCAAUAUUUCCACAGUCAUGUUCAAGUUCAGGACCUUCUCAUCAAAUGCUCUGCUGAUGUAUCUCGCUACUGAUGACUUGAAGGAUUUCAUGAGUGUAGAACUCAGUGGUGGGCGUAUAAAGGUCAGCUAUGAUCUGGGUUCAGGUACAGCUUCGGUUAUCAGCAACCAAAAUCAUAAUGAUGGCAAAUGGAAAUCUUUCACCCUGUCAAGAAUUCAAAAGCAAGCCAACAUAUCAAUUGUAGACAUAGACACUAAUGAAGAAGAGACCAUAGCAACAUCUUCUACAGGCAGCCACUUUGGACUCAACUUAAAAGGGCACGAGAAAAUAUAUUUUGGGGGAUUACCAACCCUGAGGAAUCUAAGUAUGAAGGCAAGGCCUGAAGUGAACUUAGAGAAAUACACAGGUUGCCUCAAAGACAUUGAAAUUUCAAGGACACCCUACAACAUAUUGAGCAGUCCUGACUUUGUUGGUCUAACCAAAGGAUGCACACUAGAGAACAUUCACACAGUCAGCUUCUCCAAGCCAGGUUUUGUGGAACUGCAGCCGGUCUCCUUUGACGUGGGCACAGAAAUCAAUCUUUCCUUUAGCACCAGGAAUGAGUCCGGGAUCAUCUUGUUUGGCACAAGUGGCACAAUUGUCCCCCCCAGGAGAAAGCGCAGGCACUCUGCAAGGAAAGCUGCUCCUCUGAAGAGAAGGCGCAGGCAGACAGGACAGGCCUACUAUGCCGUAUUCCUGAACAGAGGUCGGCUGGAAGUGCACGUCUCUACUGGGAUCCGGGAUCCCCACAGAAUCACCAUCAGACCAGAGGCUGGCUUGUUUCACGAUGGCAGAGCACAUUCCAUCCGGAUAGAACGAGCUAGAGGGAUGUUCAGUGUUCAAGUCGAUGAAGACAAAGUCCAAACUCAGAGGUUGCCAUCAGACCAGCCCAUCUCUGUUAAGAAACUCUUUGUGGGGGGUACAUCUUCUCAGUUUCAGACUGCACCUCUCAGAAACAUACCACCAUUUGAGGGCUGUAUAUGGAAUCUUGUCAUCAAUGCCACCCCCAUGGACUUUGCUCAACCCGUGUCCUUUGAAAAUGCAGAUAUUGGCCGAUGUCCCACACUAGAACCAGAAGUUAGGCCAACUGAGGAUGAAGAUAAACCAACUCGUGCAACAGUUCUGGUCCAACCUGAACCAGACACUAAUGGGGAGAAAGAAGGGACAAGAAUCCCUCCUGCUUCUCCUCCUCCAACACCAUCUCUAUCAUCAGCACUUGAUUCCUGUGCUGCUGACACAGAUCCAGCCAUUUUAGAAGGUGGCAAGCAGUUUGGUCUUUCAAGGAACAGCCAUAUUGCAAUUGCAUUUGAUGACACCAAAGUGAAAAACAGGCUUACAAUUGAAUUUGAAGUCCGAACAACAGCUGAUUCUGGCUUGCUGUUUUAUAUGGCCCGCAUCAACCACGCUGAUUUUGCUACAGUUCAGAUAAAGAACGGUUUGCCUUACUUCAGUUAUGAUCUGGGGAGUGGAAACACCAGCACAAUGAUUUCCAGCAAAAUAAAUGAUGGCCAGUGGCACCAGAUAAAAGUAAGUCGAAUGAAGCAAGAAGGAAACCUCAUAGUAGAUGGUGUCUCUAACGGGACUGUGAGCCCCAAGAAGGCCGAUAUACUGGAUGUUGUAGGGAUGCUGUAUGUGGGAGGAUUGCCCAUUAACUACACAACCAGGAGAAUUGGUCCGGUCCUUCAUAGCAUUGAUGGCUGCAUCAGGAAUUUUAAAAUGACAGAAUCACCUGUUGACCUGAAUAAUCCAACUUCCAGCUUCAACGUUGGAAAAUGCUUUGUCACUGCACAGAAGGGAACGUACUUCGAUGGAACAGGCUUUGCCAAAACAGUUGGUGCAUACAGAGUGGGAACAGAUCUGCUUGUGGAAUUUGAAUUCCGUACAACACGAAUGAAUGGUGUUCUCCUAGGAGUCAGCAGCCAGAAAAUGGAUGGGCUUGGCAUUGAAUUAGUAGGUGGAAAAGUGAUGUUUCACGUUGACAAUGGUGCGGGCCGAUUCUCUGCUGUCUAUGAGCCGGAUGCACCAGGAAGUUUGUGUGAUGGGCAGUGGCACAAGGUUCUUGCAAACAAGAUCAAACACCACUUGGAGCUGACUGUGGAUGGCAGACAGGUGGAGACUGACAGCCCAAACAGGGCCUCAACCUCGGCAGACACAAACGACCCUCUCUUUGUCGGAGGCUAUCCUGAUGGUGUGACCCAGUUUGGGCUGACAACUAAUAUCCGUUUUAAAGGAUGUAUUCGAUUUCUAAAGCUCACCAAGGGUACUGCAAAACCUCAAGAGAUUAACUUUAGCAAAGCUUUGGAGCUGAAGGGUGUCCAGCCACUGUCGUGCCCUGCAGACUGAUGGUCACUCAGCCAGUAUUGGUCUGUUUAUAUAAGCACCUCAGAUUUAAAAAAAAAAAAAAAAAAAAUCUAUAUCUUCAUUGCAUUAAUAAUAAAAUGUCAUUGUGCAAAUA